AGCCGCCGCCGCCGCCGCCGCCCGGCGCCGUCAUGUGACGGACGCGCGCGGCCACCAUGUGCACGCACCACCAUGGCCCACGUGGCCAGUCGUCGCCAGACACCGGCCGCAGCCGGACGCCACCGCCUCAGUCGCAACCGCAGCCGCUCCUGCCAGCCGUGGCGAUGCUGCCGACGCCCGCCGUGCCGCCUAUGCUGCCGAUACUGCUGUCGCUGCUGGUGCUGACGCUGCUGAUGCCGGGAGCCAGAGGAGGGAACUGCUGGUCGCUGCGAGUGCGCAACGGCCGCUGCACCGACCUGCUGAGUCAGAAGGUGUCCAAGGAGGAGUGCUGCACGUCGUCGAGCGUGGCGACCGCCUGGAGCGAGGAGGACCUGGACGCCGGCACGCUCUUCUUCUGGAGGGUCCUCGGAGGGGGCGUGCCUUGCACCGCCUGCAAGGAGUCGUGCGCGGGCGUGCAGUGCGGCGAGGGCCGGCGCUGCGUGCUGCGGCGGGGCGCGCCGCGCUGCGUGUGCGCCGCCGACUGCAAGGCGCGCGCGCGCCUGCGGGGCCCCGUCUGCGGCACCGACGGCCGCUCCUACACCUCCGUGUGCCGCCUGCGCCGGCGCGCCUGCCGUCGCAAGGUGCCCGCGCUCGCCGUCGACUACCCCGGCAAGUGUCAGAACUCGUGCGAGCGCGUACAGUGCGGCGCCGGCCGGCACUGCCUGCUCGACCAGAACCUGCGGCCGCACUGCGUGCGAUGCGCGCAGCGGUGCCCCAGCGCGGCCGCCGCCGCCGCCUCGGCGCAGCCCGCCAGCCGGCAGGUGUGCGGCGCCGACGGCGUCACCUACCCCAGCGCCUGUCACCUGCGCGAGGCCGCCUGCCUCAAGGGCCGCGCCAUCCCUGAGGCCUACAAGGGCCGCUGCAAGCAGGGCGCUAGCUGCAGCAGCGUGCGCUGCGGGGACCGACAGACGUGCCUCACGGAGCCGGACACUGGCGCCCCCCGCUGUGUGACGUGCAGCUACCGCUGCCCCCGGGCGCGCUCCCGUCCCCGCGGCCACCGCAGGGCUCACGGACACGCCGACGCCGCGCCCUUCGGCCCCAUCUGUGGCACCAACAACCACACGUACGAGACCUGGUGCCACAUGCUCAAGGACGCCUGCGCCACGGGCUUCGUCAUUGAGACCCAGUUCGCAGGGCACUGCAAGGCAGCCAGCGGAGCUGCUGUUGCCAACACUGUACUAGAUAGCGACACCACAGCAAACAGGUAUUUAUGAGGACAAUGACUUGAUUGUAGAAAGUUUAGGCUCAUGCAGCCUGCUACCUGUGAUGUGAAAUCUAGCCCAUUGUUAUAGACUGUAGGUCACUCUUCACUUCAGAUUCAACACCCCAUUCUGUUCAGUUUUAUAGAUAUUUGCAGUCAUCUGUGUCUCCCAUUAACAGUUCAUGGGAAUAAUGUAUUUAUGGUGUUUGAACUAAAAUUAUCACACAGUACAGGAGUAUUGUAAAUGUAUUUAUAGAAUGACUCAUAGAGUAACAUAAUUAACCCAUGUAUGUAUUGCUGUACAUAAUUUCUAUAUAUUAUGCAAAUGUAUUGUUUAUAGUUAAUGUUGUAUUAGAGUAUUUAUCUUCAUGCUAUUAUGAAGUGGUAACAGUAUAUGUGUUACAGAGCUCUUUUGAGUAGUUGUGUGUUGCAAGAUAUGUAUUUCAAGACAAUUAAGUGCAUACAGACAGCUCAGAAAGAAGAGUAAUGGUGAGAGAGGUGAGAAGGGAUCUCAGGUAGUAGCCCCCGUGGAAUGCUGAUGAUAGGGUCACACAAAGUUUUGUGUAACCUUAUUGAUCUGUUGCUGACAUGGCAUGAGGGGCCUGAAUGUAACCACAGUGUUCGAUCAUAUGACCAGUAUCAUGCAAAAAUUUUCUUAGUUAGUUAAUGCUUAUAAUAAAACUGUAGAUCAUUUGUUCAAAUAACUUCCAGAAGACAAUGAAAGAACUAGACAAAUUAUAUGUGCUAACAACAUGGUUUACUUUAUAAGGUCCAUAGUUUACCUGAUUCCUUAUAAAUCUAAACUGUCUGAAAUGUUUAAAAAAAGUCUCCGAAACCAAAGACACAAAAAUUUCAGAAUCGCAUAAUCUAUCAACCAAAUUUGAGUUAAUGUGUAAUUAAAUUCUUUGGCACUUCACAUAGCACAAGUUUUUCAGCAUCUCCUCUGCAAUUACUGCAAUUUCUCCAUACCUGGCACUUUGACAAAAUUUGAAAUGUGAAUCACAUCACAGUAUACCAGAAAUUAUUUAAGAGAGCCGUAGUGGUGUGCAAUAUCCUAUCAGGCCCUGAUGUACAAGUUUGAUGUGAUUAUUUGCAAAAGACAUACUGUAUUUUUUUAGUCCUGGCACUGGAAAUAGUUAAACUGAAAAUUAACAAAGACAGGUGUAAAUAAGGAUGAAAAUAAAUAUACACCACAAAUAAUAAGAGCCAAAUAACAUAUUUCAUAAAAGUUUGAGACAAUGCCAAAUACAGCAAUAUUCUGAUUGCUUCUGCUACUGGUAUUGAUUAAUGGGUGGAUAAAGCAAGCAAUAUAUUAUUAAAAUUAUGGUAGACUUUAUAAAACAUGUGUAAUUAUUGUCACAUUCAGAAAGAAUGCAACUGGUCAAAUUAACUCAAAGGAUUGUGAUACUUUAUUUGUAUUCCAGUUGUACAGCUUGUGUUUAAGAGGAAAAUACAUGCAAUAACCAGCAUUUGAAUUAGAAACAAAAGUGGACAUUACAGCUACCAUAACAAGCAACUUGAUUAUUUAAGUGUGAUAAUUCUUAUACAUUGGAACAAGACAGAUAGGGUAAGACACCUCUGAUGUUGGUGGUUGUAAAACCAUUAGAGUCUAGAGAUCCCGAAGUCCUAUAGCAGUGAUUUUUCUUUUUUUCAAAGAGAAAUCAUACCUUCAUGGAUCUCCAUUAUUGGAUGUCAUGAAUUACAGAAAUUUAUUUGUAACAUAGAACUGCAUAUACUUCAUAAACCAGCUUGUUGAGAACCACUUGGGCAAUUACAUGACUCGUAAAGUUAUGCAGUACCAGAAAAAAACUGUAUUUAGUUCAUAUAUACCUUAAUGAGUUAGUUCUUGUGUUAUAUUGUAAAUAUAGUUUUAGGAACUGUAAUUUUGUCUUAUUGUUAACUGUAUCUGAAUCAAUCAAAGUGGGUCUGAUUAUGAUUUUAAUGCAGCUGUACUGAAAAAAAAAUCUGAAAAAACUGUUUUAUGUCUUAAAUAUGUAAUUUUCAGUUUUGUAUAUGUAUAGCUUCUCUAAAGAAAGCUGCAGCAUUCAAUUUUAUGAAAGCUUACUCAAACUGAAGUCUGUGUAAUUACUCAUGAAAUUGAAUAACCUCCUCUUUGUCAAUGGGAAGUCCACACUGUAUGUUGGAUAACUAAUUUAGAGGAGGCAAUGCUACGGUUUUCCUUAGACAUGGGAAAGAACUGCUGCAGAUGAUAAAUUAAACUAAUGACUGAAAUAUCUUCAGAAACUGUGUGCAUGAGUCAGUUUUACAGAACCAAAUAAGAAUGAGAUCUAUUAUUAUUUAAUGUUUCUUCAGUAUUGUUUUAUUAUGAAAUCACAGUCCCAUGUCAGUGAAAGUUAUAACACUGAAUACAAAAACAUGUGAUUGAAAUAUUACAAAAGUAGAAUAUUAGUAAACAUGAUCUCAUAUGCAGGCAAAAGGAGUAGCCUGAUGCUUUAACAAAAGUUGAGAAUUUGUCAUGUAUUUUUUACAGAUUAAUGUAUAAUAUUUAGAUUAAGACUUUAUUCCUACAGUCAUAUUCA